AUGACCGACAACAGUAUACCCUGGAAAAACUGCAUAGCCUUCUCUAUUGACAAUACCAGUGCAAAUCGUGGUCAGUUUAAUUCUAUUAAGACACAGGUACUUGAACGUAAUCCUGACUGUUAUUUUCUUGGAUGUCCAUGCCACAUUCUUCAUAAUACCGCCGGCAAGACCUCUUCGCAACUGAAGGAAGUUUCUGGGUUUGACAUUGACGACUUGGCAGUGGAUAUUUUUUACUAUUUUGACAAGUCAACCAAGCGAAAGGCUGCCCUUAGUGAUUACACUCAAUUUUGUGACUUAGUAUAUCGCAAGAUGCUUAAGCAUGUGACCACACGUUGGCUGAGUUUAAACACUUCUGUUAACCGAAGUCCUAUUUCCUUUCAGAA